AUGCCCUUAGGAACGCGUUCGUGCAGCGGCACGUUCCCCGGCGCGCUUCCCGGCGCUCCAGGCGGCGGCGGCGAAUUUUGCGGCGCUCCAGGCGGCGGGCUUCGCGGGACAGGCAAGGGCGGGGGGGUGGAUGGCGGAGCGAAAACCCCGAAUGGCGGGGCCUCUUCCCCCCUGAUCGAACCGAGCGGGGGGGAAGUCGAAGGCGGAGCGGAAACUCCCCCUGGGGGGGAAUUAGGUAUAGUUGGCGGGGAAUUGGGCGGGGAUUUCGGAGGUUUGGGGGAUUUCGGCGGUUUGGGGGAUUUGGGGGGUUUCGGGGGAGAUUUGGGGGGCUUGGGACUCUUAGGCGGCUUAGGCGACUUAGGUAGUUUAGGAGACUUGGGAAGUUUAGGAGAUUUAGGAGGCUUGGGCGGGCUUUUAGGCGGCUUCGGACUCUUAGCAGACUUAGGACUCUGGGGCGGUUUGGGCGGGGACUUAGUUGCGGUCGUGGUGAUUGCAGAGGAAGCUGGGGAGAUUGAGUUCGAAGCGCCGCCGCUUUUUUGCAUGACGGUUUUAAGAGCGUCGAUUAUGGGGAAAUUCGCCGUGAGGGAUCGGCGAGUACUUCGCGAAGAAAAAACCUCAGCGAGAGAUCGCAGGCUUCGUCGCAUGAUGUGA